GGCUGACAAAGUUAUUGAUGAUUUCGCUUUUAAUAUAUUCGUAGCACUACUGAGCUUGAUAGUUAAUUAUGGUUUUGACAGUGUACACGAUUGUAUCUAGAAAUAAGCCGACAUCUGAAGGCUUUAAGCAGUCAUCAUUUUAUAAUCCGACCUUCAAAAUGUCGUGUUCCAACUUAUUUGAUGAAUUCAGGCAGAAAAAAGAAAUAAUGGAUCAGUGUUGAUAGAAAAUAGUCAAAAUAAUAAUGGGUGACAUUUUGUUUAAGUCCUCUACUAUUCAUCAAUUUUUAGCUCCACACUAUUCAAAGAAUCUUCAAAUCUCAUACGUUUGCGAGACAAACAGUUAUACACAUACGUUUUUUAUCAAUUACUAAAAUUUCAGUCCGACCUAUUAAUAUGAUGGAUUCGGAUGCAUUCAUAGACCCAGAGUCUUUGAAGAAUGUGGCAGUACAAAAGCGAGAAACAAAGCAUCGAAUUUUCGUUAAUCGGAGUUUGCAGCUGGAUAAAAUCAAGUUUUUCGGUUUCGACAUGGACUAUACUUUAGCACAAUACAAAUCUCCACAGUAUGAGGAGCUUGCGUUUGACAUUAUCAAAUCCCGGCUGAUCAAACUUGGAUACCCCUCCAAAAUUGCUGAAUUUACUUACGAUCCAUCAUUUCCUCUAAGGGGCUUGUGGUUUGAUCGACUUUAUGGUACAUUGUUAAAAAUGGAUCAAUUUGGAAAUAUCCUUUCGUGUUUACGUGGAUUUAAUCUUAUUCAGAGAGAAGAGCUUCGAGCAAUGUACCCAAAUAAAUUUGUGAAGUAUGAUGAGAAGCGUAUCGAGAUAAUGAACACUUUAUUCAGUCUUCCAGAAACCUAUAUGCUUUCAUGUGUAAUUAACCUAUUUGUCAGUGACUCCGAUUACAUAAAGACGGAGCAUGGUUUGAAGAAGGGGACUUUGUACAUGUCUUAUGCUUCAAUAUACGAGGAUGUGAGGGCUGCAUGUGACUGGAUGCAUAGAGGGGAACUAAAGCAACGUACUUUGGCGAAUAUAGGAGAAUAUGUUGAACGUGAUCCCCGUCUUUGUGUUUUGUUAGAUAGGUUACGUGUAAAUGGUGCCAAAGUAUUCUUAUUGACCAACAGUGAUUUCGAGUACUCUGAUGCGAUUAUGAGUUACAUUUUGGAAAUUCCUAGACCUGAUGGUACCAUCAGGAAAUGGACAACUUAUUUCGACUAUAUUGUGACUGAUGCAAGGAAACCAGCGUUUUUCCAAGAAGGAACCAUUUUAAGAGUUGUUUCACAGGAAACUGGCCAACCGAGUAUAGGUCAUCAUAUGGGUCCUUUAGAAACUGGUCAAAUAUACUCUGGAGGUUCUUGUGAAGUCUUCUCAAGUUUAAUUGGUGCUCGUGGUAAAGAUGUCCUAUAUGUUGGUGAUCAUGUUUAUGGUGAUAUAUUGAAGUCGAAGAAGACUGUCGGUUGGCGGACGUAUUUAAUUAUACCUGAAUUGGCGAAUGAAGUCUACGUGUGGAAGAGAAAGAAAUCGUUAUUUGAUGAAUUGCAGAAAAUUGAUAACAAUUUAGAAACAAUUUAUCGGUGAGUUGUUUUGUUUUCGCUUUUUUUUAUUUUGGAAGAGAGCUAACUAGUAGCUACUUAUAUAUACUACUUAUUUCUUGCUUUGUAUACAAACAUAUCGAUUGACCCAAUGAUGACUGAGGUUCAUUUAUGACUGGAUGAUGCAUUGCUGUCUUAAUACACGGGAAAAUAAGAGUGAAAGUGAUAACAGUGGGGGUGGUUAUUGGGAGGGGAUAAAGUUUGAAGGAUGAUUGAAACAAACGUAAUGCUACCACUAAUACAACGAGCAACAUCGUCACUUUAUUCCAAACAGAAUGGAGCUUCCCACAUUUGUACAUAUU